AUGAUGCGAAUGGGUGCAGUGGCAACACCUCCACCUCCACCCCCUUAUUCCUCCUACACCCCCUAUUACUCGUACCACGAUUAUUGGGUGGAGGAUGGAUUGGGUGGGGUCCCGGGAUCCACGGCAGCGGCAGGCGGGGGAGCUGCAGACCCCAUCGGAAGGAGUGGAAGAGGGGGGGGGGAGACUACACAUCUGACCACCACCCAGUCCACGCCUGCUGCCUCGUCCACGUCGCGAACGAGUCGUCGGAGCGAAGAGCCCGUGAUCGGAAAAUACAGACUCCUAAAGACCAUCGGGAAGGGGAACUUUGCCAAGGUCAAGCUUGCCAAGCACAUUCCCACGGGCAAAGAGGUGGCCAUAAAAAUCAUAGACAAGACUCAACUCAAUGCCAAUAGCCUGCAGAAGUUAUUUCGAGAAGUGAGGAUCAUGAAGAUACUUGACCAUCCCAACAUAGUGAAGCUGUUUCAAGUGAUUGAGACAGAGAAAACACUCUACUUGGUGAUGGAGUAUGCCAGUGGAGGUGAAGUGUUUGACUACCUCGUCUUCCAUGGUCGCAUGAAGGAGAAAGAGGCCCGGGCAAAAUUUCGACAGAUUGUUUCAGCUGUCCAGUAUUGCCAUCAAAAGAAAAUAAUCCAUCGUGACCUGAAGGCUGAGAACCUCCUGCUGGACAGUGAGAUGAACAUCAAAAUAGCAGACUUUGGCUUUAGCAAUGAGUUCACACCAGGGAACAAGUUGGACACUUUCUGUGGAAGCCCACCCUAUGCUGCUCCAGAACUUUUCCAAGGAAAGAAAUAUGAUGGCCCUGAAGUUGAUGUAUGGUCAUUGGGAGUGAUCCUGUAUACGUUGACAAUAAUGAAAGACAAAUGGAUGAAUGUGGGCUAUGAAGAAGAUGAGCUGAAGCCGUUUGUGGAGCCAGAACCUGAUCUCAGUGAUCCAAAACGCACAGAGAUCCUCCUUGGCAUGGGAUAUUCCCGAGGAGAGAUCGAGGACAGCCUCUCCAACAUGAAAUAUGAUGAUAUCUUUGCAACGUAUCUCCUCCUUGGACGGCGCUCCUCGGAUCUGGAGAGCAGUGAUUCUCGAUCGGGGAGUUCCCUCUCACUACGAGGUCUGAAUCCUCCUCCACCCAUCACAAGCACUUCUGCUGGGAAUGCAGGAGCCCCUGUAAUUGGAGGCACCAGUAUCUCGUCUUCAUCCUCACCCUCUCCAGCUUCGCAUGGCAGGGUUACUCGUUCUGUCUCUGCUUCUCAGCCCAAAUCUAGAGACAGGAGAUCUGCAACAUCUGAGAUCAGAGGAUCUGGAGGAGGAACAGGGAACAGUGCUGUUGGAAUACGUCAGAGGACCUUGGAUGCAGCCACUGGGACAGGUAGUACCUCUGGAAGCACUCCUGCCCCAUCCAAUCGCAGCUCUUCUGCCCGUCCUUCCUUCAAAAACUCUGGUGUGAAUAGCUCAAGUCCAAAGCCUCGACUCCCCAAGAGCACAACCAUCACUGGGAAUCGAACCAUAGGGCCUAGUUUGAUGGGAGGUCAUGCCAGAAGAGCCACAUUUGACUCGAAGAAUGCUGGUGAAAAGGCUUCUGCUUCAGAGGCACCAGCAGAUACCAGCCUGGAAGGUGGGAAUGCCCGGUCGAGUGGACACGGGAAGGGCCACGUGAAGUCGGCCUCUAUAUCAGCCGCAAGCGGUAAUCGCACCGAGGCCCAGCCUCAUGAUCCCCUUGUUGAUCCUCCUUCUGAUCCAAUUUCCAGGCCAAGUUCUGCCAGGCCAGCUACUGCCCUGAGUCCCAGUGGGAUCCGCACAGCCUUUCCUCGAGGAGUCCAGAGUCGUUCAACAUUUCAUGGCGGUCAGACUACUCGUACAGCACCAAAUGUACGUGGGAUUCAAGGACGUGAUAGAGAUGGCGCCUUCAUGGGAGGGGUUGGUGGAUAUGAUGGAUUUGGGACCCCUCUUCACAACACCCGAGGAACUUCCUUCCUCUCACGCAUCUCCUCCAAAUUUGCAAAAACUGCAGUGCCGAACAAUGAAGAGCAUGUGAAGCCUCGUUCUCUGAGGUUUACCUGGAGCAUGAAAACUACAUCAUCACUUGACCCCAAUGAAAUCAUGGCUGAGAUCAGAAAGGUGCUGGAUACCAACAAUUGUGAUUAUGAGCAAAGAGAGCGUUUCCUCCUCCUCUGCGUGCAUGGUGAUCCCAACUCUGAUAACCUGGUUCAGUGGGAGAUUGAGGUGUGCAAGUUGCCUCGAUUAUCCCUGAAUGGUGUUCGCUUCAAGCGCAUCUCUGGAACUUCAAUAGGCUUCAAGAACAUCGCUUCCAAAAUUGCCAAUGAAUUGAAGCUGUGACGCCAGCCUGUCGGCACAUCGGGUGCCGACCCCCAGCCCCACCUCGUGGACAUUGACGAGGAUGAGGAAUCUGUGGAACUCCAGUGCUGAUGUGUUCAAAUGUGGGGAACAAAAUUUCUUCAAGCACAUGCACACAUCACACAUUCGCCACAUGUCUUGCAGACAAACACAUCUUGCAUGGAGAUUAGGACCUAUCCUCUGUCUACCUGUCCUUUUUUUUUGCACCAUGUGGACAGGCCAGUUGGUUGCCCUUGCCACAUUUGCUUAGGACUGAUACCUUGAUUCUGUGGCUUGGACGUCACCGAAGACUCAGUUCAGUUCUACCCUUCUUUUCCCUCUCUCCCUCCUAGGUUUCUUAUGUCAAAUGCUCUUGGGAGUGUGGCAAAUGAUUGUGAUACGAUUCAGCUUUGGUUUCUGUCAAUUUCAUUCAAACUGGGUGAGUAGUAGGUGUCCAGUCUGUUCUCAGGUUGGGAAACCCCUGCUUAUUAUUAUUAUUAUUAUUAAUUGUGUCCUAUUCUUCCUUCCCCAAAGAGAAGAGGCAAUUGAAAGUCUUGAAUUCAAUGACCUUUUUUUUUGCAAAUUUGUUUUUACUUUGUGGUUGAGUCGGUGACACCAGAAAAGAAUCUGGAUUCCUCCUGACAUUGCUCCCGGAUAAUGUGGAUUCUUUCAUUCUUUCUCUGCCCUGCAAACGGUAUUCAUGAAUGAUAGAAUGUUUGUUCAUUCCUUCUGUACAUAUGAGCAAAAAACGAAGCUAUUAGAUUUCCGGGACAUUGCAAGGGCUAUGAGGAGGAAGAGAUGCAAACCUAAUUAAUGGCCAAGAAUGUAUGAACAUGGAUGCUAUGAGAAUAAAGAGUUUUACCUAGACAGGA